AUGAUAGAAGGCCAAAUAAGAUUGAAGAUUGAAGACCUGAUAAUGAUAAAGUCUCUAAAUAUGAAAUUUUAUAAGAAACAGAAAAUACUACUCAAAAAGAUAGAUGGAUCUAUACCUGAACUUAUAAUUGAUAGUGAAAGGAUUGUUAGUGAGAGUAUGCAUGAGUUUUGCCAGAACUGUGAAUUGAACUCUGGCGAACAUGUUUUUCCUUUUAAGCUUAAACUCAAAUAUGAAGAAAAUGGUACUGGAACGGUAAAAGGAUAUUUCUAUGAUUCAGUUUGUCAAAUUGAAAAUAUUUGUGUCUUAGAAGGUAUAUGCAUAGCCUACAAUUCUAAAUAUUCAACCAAAAAAAUAGUAUCAAUUUUUGAUAAAAAUGAAGAAAAAUGUCAAACCGACUUCAAAAUUAAGACAAAUACUUUUCUGUGUCUUUUUGACAAAACAAUACCUUAUAGAAUACUGCUUGAUAAAUUAUGGUAUAUUAGAGGAGAUAGCAUUUCUGUUGAUUGCUUUUCAAUUGUUAAAACAUCUCAACCCGUGGUAGCAAGCGUUUCUGGAAAGCUAUAUCAACUUGUAAUCAUUAAUUGGCCAGAACAUAACAUAAUCAAAUCAAAGUUAAUGUGUAUAUCAAAUGGAUUUCCUUCAAAUAAAAAUCGAUUUAAAUUGCAGUUUAGAAUUCCAAUGAAUACAGGCCCAAGUAUAACAGAGAAGGAGUUUGUAGUAAGAACAGUUAUAUUUUUUGAGUUAAAGCUUUAUAACGGUUCAGUUCUCAAAAUUAAAAAAUAUCUAAAUAUAGGAGAACCAUAUUUUGAAUUGCCUGAUAUUGAAAAUAAAAGUUUUGCGAAGGGAAUUACAUUUUCGGAGAGAAUAUUAGAAUACUAA